AUGGGUCCUUCCUUAAUUACUUCAAAAUAUUUGAGACUUGUAUGUGUAUAUAUAUCAUCAGCCACUGUGGGAAAUGGUACCAAUCUCAGUUUCUGGGGUGAUACUUGGACUCCCUUUGGUCCCCUAUUGCAUUUCAUUGGAAGCGCAGGCCCUACUGUUUUGAGAAUCCCUUUAUCAGCCACUGUGGCGGAUGCUACCGCUGGCCUCUCCUGGGGAAUGCAGAUUGAUCCGCUUUGCUGCCUCUGUUCAGCUGAGGUUGAGACAAGGCACCAUCUGCUUUUAACCUGUCAUUUCAGCCGUUGUAUAUGGGAAAAUGUUUUCUUGAGACUAAAGCUCCCUCCUUUACUCUUCCGUGAUUGGAACCACCUUAUCUCCUGGACUUUGGUCCAAAACAGAUCUCCUCCGCCUACUCUGCGCAAGUUAGUGGCUCAAGCUUCUGUUUAUGCGAUUUGGAAGCAGCGGAACAAUAUCCUCCACAACUCUCAGGUUAUUACUCCGCUAAGUAUCUUCAAGAUUAUCGAUCGAGAGGUUAGAAACUCGAUAAGUGCUCGACGGCAUAGAAAGAAGUUCAAAGAUCUUAUGUCCCGUUGGAUCAUUUAG